CGGGGAGGAAGAGGACAGUAGAGGAGAAGAUGAUGAUGAGGAUGAGCGGGGGAGGGGUUUGUUGUGACCGGGAGUAUCCUGCUUCCAAGAUGGCGGCGUCCAUGGAGUUUAGCUUGGAAGAUCUGCCUUCGGAUCCGUUGCUGCUAAUUUUGUCCUUCCUUGAUUUCCGGGACCUGAUCAGCUGCAGUUAUGUCAGCCGCCGCCUCCACGGCCUGUCAGGACACAACCCGCUGUGGAAAGGACUCUGUCAAAAAUACUGGCUGUUAUCCGAGUCAAACAAGACUCAGAAAAGUCAGAGCUGGAAGGAUCUCUUCCAGGAGUUUUACGGCAACAUGGGCCGUUACAUUGAUCAUUACAGUACAUUGAAGAAGGCUUGGGAUCAGCUGAAGACAUACCUCAGCCAAAAGUGUCCCAGAAUGAUCACCUCUCUGAAAGAGGGCGCAAGCGAGGAGGACCUGGAUGCUGUGGAAGCACAGAUUGGCUGCAAAUUGCCCAAUGAUUACCGCUGUUCCUUCCGAAUACAUAACGGACAAAAGCUGGUGGUUCCUGGAUUGAUGGGUAGCAUGGCCCUGUCCAACCACUAUCGCUCAGAGGAUCUGCUGGAUAUUGAGACAGCAGCAGGCGGCUUCCAGCAGCGCAAAGGGAUGCGGCAGUGUCUGCCCCUCACCUUUUGUUUCCACACAGGUCUGAGCCAGUAUAUGGCCCUGGACAGCGUGGAGGGGCGCAGUCGUGGUGAGAUCUUCUACCAGUGCCCUGAUCAAAUGGCACAAGAUCCUUCUGCAAUUGACAUGUUCAUUACAGGAUCUAGCUUUACGGAGUGGUUUACCUCAUACGUUCACAAUGUGGUAACAGAAGAGUACCCCAUCAUCCGGGACCAAAUCUUCAGGUACAUCCACGAUAAGGACUGUGUGGCCACCACGGGGGACAUCAAAGUGUCCGUAUCUACCUCCUUCCUGCCCGAGCUCAGCUCUGUACACCCGCCACACUUCUUCUUCACCUACAGGAUUAGAAUCGAGAUGGCAAAAAACGCCCACCCAGAAAACAUCUGCCAGCUGGACACGCGAUAUUGGAAAAUCACCAAUGCCAAUGGCAAUGUGGAGGAAGUUCGGGGGCCUGGUGUUGUGGGUGAGUUCCCGGUGAUGUCGCCAGGGAAGGUGCAUGAGUACGCCAGCUGCACCACCUUCUCCACCACCUCUGAGCACAUGGAGGGCCACUACACCUUUCACCGCCUGAAGAACAAGGAGGAGGAGUUCAACGUCACCAUCCCUCGCUUCCACAUGGUCUGCCCCCCAUUCCGUGUGUCCGCUGUGCGGGCGCAGGGUUCCUCAGGCAGCCUCUUGAGGCCCCCCUUUGAAGAAAACUCGUCGGACACAGACGACUUUGAGGAAGGGCAGGGCCUGAACAUCCCAGCACCUAGUGGGCGCUGCCCACGCCAUAUCUGACACACCUCUCCAGGGCAGGAGUGUGUGUGUGUGGGGGGAGGUAAGGGGCCUGAAAACCCCUUCCUUCGCUGUUACUGAUUAGUAAGCCUUUUGAUUAAUAAACUUUCUUCCUGUGUUAUAAGAAUGGACAUCCUGGGACCACUGACCCUGUGGACAUUUUCCUUUACCCGGUGGCCUCUUCACUUGAUGUUUUUCUGCAUAUUUUCAGUUUACUCCACAUUUUUCUAGAGUAUCAAAAAGCGCUGUGCAUCGCCACUGAAAUUCUUAUACUUAAAUAUUGAGAAUCAGUGUACAGUAGUGGAUCCAAGGCAGUCUCGAUUAUUCUUAUAUACCUGAAGUGAAAAUGUUAACAGGAGCGAUUUCCAGGGGUUUAAAAUAUUCUGCACGGAGUGUCUUUUGUGCCGCCAGAAUGUUGCUGUGGUGAUUGAUGAGCCCACGCUUUUCAAUGGCAGUUAUACAGACCAGUCGGAGUCCUGUCUCAAAGCCCAUCUGAUGGUAACAUUCUCCAUGGAAUAGAUGUUAAUGGGGAUGUUUUGCGAGCCUGGCAGGACAGCACUGCGGGAAAUAGCUGUAGCUCUCACUGGCUGUCUACCCCCUCUUGUGAUGGUGUGGUACCAUGCUUUGAAAGCUGUGUGCUUUUGUUGAACAGAACCAGUACAGGUCCCAUCCAGCUUCCCUGCCCAUGUCUACUGAUUUACAAAGCCUUCACCCCUCCCCCCACCCCACCGGGCCCCUCUAGCCCAACUCACUACACAUAACUAUCCGUUUCUAUGGCAUGUCGACCAUGGUGAUGUUUUCGGUCUGAAAAAUUCAGCAAUGACAGUCUGUCCACUAACAGUCGCCAUGGGUACCGAGAGCAGGCCAGGAGGGGGGGUGGGCCGGGGCAUAAGAGAAUCUCCCAAAGCUUGAAACACGCCGAUUCUGGGGGUGAAGUAUCAACAUUGUCAACAGAAUGACAAUGACAGUAAGGGCAGGGAAAUCCUGAUCUUUUAACUGAGUAAUUGAAUGAUGAAUCACUUCAAGAGCUUGUUGGUGUCAGUCAGGUGCCAGUGGAACCGUCUUCUGUAAAAGGUGCUUGACUGUGAGCCAUGCGGCUCAGGGUCAGGCUUCCCCUGGGAAGCAUUAGCUCAUCACAAACUCCAGAACGACAGGGGCAGCAGAGUCAUUUUGAACUGGGGCAGGGAAAAUUAGAAAGAUGGAAAAAAAUAUUGCGGGGUCAAUUCUUCAAAUUUAGGACGUACUUUUUGCCUGUAGUUGUUCACCAAGAAUAUCCUUUGUGAUCUCUGCAAUUUAUUGAUUAUAAGAUUAUUCAGUGGCUGUUUGAGUAAUGUGAUUAAUUUGCCAGACAUGCCUGUUGCAGGCUAAGUACUCUUUCACCGUGUAGGAGAAGUGAUCUUUAAGAGGUUGACAUUUAUUUUCUUUAAAGCUGUGCAAUAGCAUUAGGCCAAUCUGUUUCUACCUUCUCGUUUGAUUUGUAUUAAGAUGAUUUGUUAAUGCUUUUUUAUAUAAUGUUUGAUUUGGUUUUAUGGUCAGGAAAAUAAAAAGAUGCUGUAUGUUUAAAUACUCAAAUGUUUAUGUUGCAGGUAAUAUUAAGCUGAUUUGUACAGUGUCCUCUAUGUGUUGGCAUAGAAAAAAGAAGAUUAUGAAAGGUUUUGAGUAUGUUGGUGUUUUCUGAGUUAUUUGUGUUCAGUUCAGACCAUUUUUGGUUUCAACCUGAACAUGAUUUUUUUCUGUUUUGUCAUGUUUUAGUUUAAAUCGCAGAAGAGAUUUAAAUAAAUAUGGAAGACAAACUGUU